AUGGCAUCCUUCGCCCCAUUGAGCGGCUUCCAGCUGCCAUUUCAGAAACGCCUUAGUCGACUUUACAAUGACACCAAGAAGUCUACCGACUUCGUCCAGCAGCCACCCAGGAGUGAGGAGGAUCCGGAAGUGAAAGCGCUGCAUCGCAAAUUGCGCAUCCAAAAAGACCGUCUCGUUUCAUGGGGCAUGGAUUGGUCGGACCCCAACCAGACCGCCGAGAUCGAUGAGUCGCUCUCCAAGGCCGGGCUGGGCGAGGUUGUCGGUAGCAUCAUGUCGACCAUUAAGGAUACCCUCGCCGAGGCGGAACCGCUCUGGUUGAGCUCAAAACACCUUGCCCAGGGAACGCGACCUUCGGCUGACCAAAAGAAGCCCCUGGUGCAAUGGGACAAGACAAGGUUCCAGGACCUCAUCAAUGAUCUCACUGCUUCCAUCGACACGCUCUAUGAUCUCUCCCGCACGCGCUCCAUGGUCACAGGGCAACGCAGGUCAUCCAAGUCCCCUUUCAAAGCUGCCUUGUCAGACGAACCUAGAGGCUACGAGUCGACAAGGGUACAGACGCCACAACUGGUUGACCCGGCAUCGUUGAUGCCUUUGCCCUGCAGAGGGCCUACUGCCGAAACGUCUUCUCGCGCUGUAGUCUACAUGAGCAAAUCCACAUAUUCGAAGCUAUCUCAGGAAAGCGGCAGUCACGAGCCAUGGUCAGCUCUGCUACUGGAAUACGCGUCCUUCGACCCAAUGUACACAGUGACAGGAAUCAUGCCCCCAAUGUCUCGGUUCGAAAAGCUCUCGGCUGGGCUCCAGCAAGACUCUCUGCGAGCCCCCGGUGUGUGGACCGGCUUGCCGCGUCUCCUUGGGUAUUUCGAGGAUAUGGAACACUCCAGAUUUGGCCUCGUCUAUCGUUUCCCGAAGUCUUUCAACGCCGUGUCCCGCAAUGCUACCACUGGUGAGACGGAGUGGACGCUGCCGACCCUGGAGGACAUGCUAUCUCGACCUGCUUCAGAGCCCCGACUAGAGGCCAAAUUCCGCCUUGCUCAUAAUCUGGCAAAUACGGUCUUUGACAUGCACGGUCGCGAUAUCCCCCAUGGCAGGUUAGAGGCAUGCAACGUGUCUUUCUGCGAUGCUACAAGCACCGGGGCGGCUCUCGCGGAUGCCGAGGCUGAUGUACGCCGCCCUCUAUUGUCGUCUUUUGACGUGUUUACGGAGGAACCGACAACCACACAUCGCAACCUGUGGCGACACCCCUUGGACCCCCAGAACGAUUCCAGCUCUGCAUUGCACAAGGAUACGGACCGGCGAGUUCUUGAGCUUUACUCGCUCGGAGCGAUGCUGCUUUCCAUUGGUCUUUGGCGUCCCCUGCAGGACCUCGCUGACGACCUCAUGGCCGACACUGUGUCUGACGCUCUGCUGCAGCGGUUGGCGCAGAAGUGCGGGACCCUAUACAUGAAAGCUGUCCACGCCUGCUGGUCGGCUAUUGACAAUGAGAAGUCUGGCUCGUGCACCGGCGAGGCCUUGUUGGAAGCUGUACAGUCCCGGGUGAGUCGAUUCUUGGAAACAUGCUGCAUCCUCGACGGCGUCAAUGGCCUAGAGGAGCGUCCGCAAGAUGACUUGCACGACCCAGCUCCCGCCGUCAAGGCUCCAGCAGAGGCGGAAAUCCCUUCAGCUGCAGCGGCUGAUACAUCGACUGAUGGACAUCGAGACGUCAAGGUGGCCACGGUAGUCAGUUCAACUUCGGAAAAGGGCCAGGCCAUCGGGCUGCCCGGACCCUCGAUGGAUGACACGGUCGAGUCGGAGAAGAGCAAGGUGUACCCCAACAUUCCGCUCUCGCCCGAAGUCGUCGACAAGUGGAAUAACAUCUUGAUGCCCCAGGUCAACCAUGCUCUCCGCCAAUUUUGCCGCAAGUAUCCCGAAUCUUUGGAGAUCUCCAUCUUCCCCGUCGGCCCUUCUCCCGCAAACACCAAGCCCACCGUGAUUGUGGUGUGCACGAGCGUAGGCAAGGUUCGUGCUAUCCUCAAGAAGCGCGUGGGAGAACUGUUUGGCGAGUCCACUGGCUUUGGUCUGAAGGUGUGCAAAGGUGAAAUGGUUCGAUCACGGAAGUGGCAUGAAGACAUCAGGAGAUCGAUGGCUGGCAGAAGCUGUGGUGCCAACGCAGAGGCCGACGCCAUCAACCCGGAAUACCAGGAACGCCCCAAGAACGGGGCGAGCAUCGGUGCUUGGAUUGGCGACAGGCACCUGCCUCCCGUGAGCUUCGGUGGCCUUCUCUCCAUCGAUGACAAAAUCUAUGGCAUGACAGUGCAUCACAUGCUCGACGAUCCUGAUCGCGACUUUGGCCGCGUCGAGACGGCCCGAAGCAGCGCGCACCCAGGUCGCGAAUGGGCGUUCGCACUUCAGGCUUCCGCAGAUGUGAACUCGGCGGCAUCGGCCGGUCUGGAUGGCGAUGAUGACGUGGGCUUUGAAAUUUCAGAUACCGAAUCAGAGCCCUACUCCGAGUCCGAUAUCGCCAGUGAUUGGGACGAGGAGGAAGAGGAAGAAGAAGAGGACGAGUUCGAACCUGGAGACAUUCCGGGCAUUGAGCCAGGGUGCGGUGAUGGCUACGUCGUAACGCAGCCUGCCCUGGACGACGUUGAAGAAGGUUUCUACCCAUCACCCGAGACGGAAGACGAAGACCACCUGGAUUCAUACAGCCUCGGCGAGGUCUACGCAUCCAGUGGCAUUCGUCGAAAGACUUCUGGAGGGCUCGUUCACGAAGUUGACUGGGCCUUGUUCGAGUUCUCCUCCGACAGACUCCCCGAUGACAAUUGCAUCGUGAGCAAGGGCACUCAAUCACAGCUGCGUCCGAUGACUGUGGCGUCAUCCGCAAGCCUCGCGAGACGCGACGUGCAGUGCACAGCGCGCACCAGUGGCCUCCAGAAUGGACAUAUACUCCCGGCCAUGACGAGCGUCAAAAUCUACGGCCGCGCCUCGCUCAGCCAGACGUACCAGGUGUCAAGCAUGAGUGUUCCCGAUGUGGACGUCUCCAGCAGUUGCGCGCCGAUCGGCAUCCCUGGGGACAGCGGUGCCUGGAUUGUGGACCGCAGCACGGGGCAGCUGUGCGGGCAUGUGUUAGCUUGGAGCCAGCGCAAUCGCGUGGCAUACAUCUGCCCGAUGGACGUGCUGAUCAAUGAUAUUGCCGACACAUUGGAGGCUACCGACAUCAGGCUCCCUGGCGGACUGCCUCUUGUGGAACCUACCAGUGCCGCAUCGUCUUCCCCAGCCACGGCGUCGCCGCGAACAAUGUCCGCGACCCAGAGUCAGACAAGCUCAACGCCGACUUCUGUCUCGGGCAGCAGCGGGCUGGGCGGCAGCUCCAAGGGCAUGAGCUCGGCUAGUCACGGUGGGGGACCCAGCGUGAAUGCCAGUUUCCAGAACCUCAGCAUAGGUGCUAGUCGAUCCCAGAAUCCUCCGAGCAGGUUUGCGGCCCUCAACCGGAGUUUCCAUGAUUUGGGAAUGGGCAGAGGUAUCGGCGUUGGUGUUUGA